GGUAGGUGUGGGGUCAGUUAAACUGGGUAGAUCUUCCUCCACUAUGACCCAGCUCAAAACAAGGAAAUGGAAAAUGUAGCUAGCUAGAUGCGGUUUCAAUCACUAUUACACUUUGUAAUUAGAAUUGGCUAGUAAUGGUAAAGAAACUUGAGUAGGCGUGACAUCGCUGUUAUUUAGAAACUGAUAUGAUCAAAAUCAUUUUAAUAAGUAACGUACACAGCGGCAGGUGUCACAAACGGAAGAAGUCCAUGUAACGUUAGCUAAAGUAUCGCGUGACCGCUAAAACGAAAAAGUUUGCGGAUUUGCUUUGUUCUGUGGCUACUUGAUAAAUGUUGUGACUCAUUUUGGAUCAUCUCUUUAUUUACGGCAUCGAUUUCAUAAAAUGGAUAGAAUUUGCUCGCUGUAUUUUAGUUACGUUCGAUAGCUAUCGUACCAUCAGACUCAUGAGUGCUUCCCGCUGGUUCGCUGGCUAACUAGCUAGCUAGGUGCUAGCUAAAUGGCUAGCUAAUUUGAGAAGUUCAAAGUUAGAGAUGGAUGAUAUAAUUUCGCUCAGCUCCGGGAGCGGAGAGGACUCGGAUGUUGAAGUUGUUGGUGUUUACAGUGACACCGAGAACAAGGCCGAAGCAAUACCAUUUAUCAGAGGAGGAUGGGUCAAUCUGGCUGCCUACACACCGGUAAGUGUUCCCCGUGAAGUUGCAAGGGCUACCCGAACAUCAACAGAAGAGUUUGUGAUUGACAUUACUGGUCGGAGGUGGGCACUACCACCACCAAGGAGGCGCAGGAGGAGGGACCCAGGUGGGCCUGUAGAAGUGGUGGACUUGAGUGACAACAACCUCUCUGAUCACUCAGAUCCAGGGCCGGUGAGUCCACUACCUCAGGGAGAGAAAAAGACUGAGGGACUUUCAAAACACAAAGGACCACAUACCAAAAGUCCAGAUUCUCUGUCCUGCUCCCCAACUGAACAAGAGUUGGAGAACAAAGCUGUUUUAAAAGCAGAAGAAAGUGACAUCCUUGAGUCCAAUCAGAGUUCUCUCAGGGAUUCAUCUUCAACUCAAGAUGUCAAGAAUGCUGUGAAAUGCUCAGAUGUAGACAUUCCAAAAUGUCCUGUCAAAUCACCAAGUGUGCCUAAAUCUGAACCACCAGCAGGGAAGGCAAAAGCCUCAGGGUCUUCCUCUUACCAGAUAACUUGGGAGUCACAACAGUGCUUGGGUAUAACUUCUCAACCACUGUGUGAAGGGAAAGGAGAGCAAGAAUGCCUCAAGGCCAAGACCCAAACCUCAACCAUUCCAAAUGAAGCUCUGACUAGCUGCACUGGAAAAGUAGAAAAUCAUGCAUUGGAAGAGCAAGAAAUAGAGUCUAUGUUUACAACGGACAAACCUCUUCUGACAGAGGAAAGGGAAGAACCAGGGUCUCCACAAUCAAUACUCUAUGCUACUCUCUCCCUCUCCCCCCAAAGCCUAGACAGCCCCUAUUACGACCCUGAUGAUAUAGACCCAGACCCUUUCAGGUUCUCAGAGGAUUGGGGUGUACAUGAAACUCGGCACAACGACACCUGUUAUUCCCCUACACACAUCCCCUUUGAAAGCUCUCUCUCUCCACCUCUACCUGAUGAUCAGACAGUUUGUCUCAACCAGAGUGACCCAGAUAACUACCCCACCAGUACACACAGUCUUAAACAGGAUCCAGUCUACCCCUAUUGCUCUCCUACCAAUGGCACAGGAUCAGUGCUGUUGGAGGAAAUAAAUCAACUUCAGGCCUUAAACCGCACCAUCUUCAGUCCCUGCUCUCCUUCCAUAGAACCAGACCAACAGGCUCCCCAGAAUUCCCAGCUAACCACCGGCUCCAACUCCCCUGGCUCCUGCAUGGGAGGAACUCAUAGCAAUAAUGAGAGCCAGCCUAACCGGACCCCCAGCCCUACGUCCACAGUCAUCCUAGCUGGGGAGUCCCCAGACUGGCCUGUGGAUGAGACUGAGGCAGACCUGGUUAUGGAUAGCCCCCUGUACAUGUGUAGUAGUAUCCCUAGUGACCCUCCCAUGUCGCUGCGGUCUGAGGACAUGGAUGUGGAGGCAGGGCCCAGAUCUCCUGAUGCCAGCCAGCCUGGUUUGGGGGCUGAGGGCUUGAUGACUACUGCAUGGAGGGAUGGCAAUGAAGGAGAGGAGAUGGGUGGAGAGAGGGUUGGUGGUGAGAAUGACAUGGAGGUCAGCAGAGAGGACAGGCGCUAUGUGUGUCCAAUCCAGCUCAGGAAACUGAGGCAGCUGAUGGCUGGACCAGUUCAGCACCUGGUAAGUAGGAGAGACAUUUUCCCCACAUUUUCCUGUGUUUUCUCUCACUCUUCUGUUGUUUCUCUCCCUCUCCAGGAGGAUGAGGAAGAGGAGGAUGAUGGUUUUGGUGACCCAGAGCCUCUGUGCAGACAGAGCUUGAGCCUGGUGUACAGCACAAUGGAGGAGAACUACCCAGAGGGCACCCUGCAGCUGCUGUCUGACCUGCUGCAGCCCCGCUUCUUCCCCCCCAUCGACAUCACCACCCACCUCCUCAGAGGCAUCCUGCUGGACCCCCAGUGUCCCAACUUUCUCUGUCUGGAGGCCUACACUCUCCUCAUGAGGACCCAGAGGCACAAUCACACUGAUCAGACCACUAUUCCAUGGGACUGGGAGCUGUUGACGUCAGUCAUGGCUGCUGAACAGAGCCGUGGCAGGAGGCUCUGCUGUGAGGUGGUGCGUAUGCUGCUGCAGUACGUCGUCCAGACCAUGGAGGAUGACUUCCGGGUCAAACUUUCCUUCCGUGAUCUCCACCAUUCCAUCGCCAAGGCAACCCUGUCAUGUGAUGUACGGUUCACCCAGGUCAGAGAUGUUAUCAAUUGGCUCUUUGCUGCUAUUGUGAAAUCAACAGGGGACAAAGACAACAUGUCUGCUGACAUUGAGUUGAAAACACAGAAGGAAAAAGAUGAACAUCUAAAAAUGGUGUUCCUCCUCCAGAAGAUGCUGUCCUUUGCCUUGGAGGUGGACCGCUCCCCGGCUCUCAACUCCAGCAAACUCUCUGGGGAACUCUUCCACACGCUCAUCAGCACUGUCUGUCUGAGACAACACAGGAUGCUGAUGCUGGAGACCCUGGAGAGCAGACUACUGAGGUGUAAGCUGAUAGAGCACCUGCUGCACCAUGCAAGUCCACAGAAGACCCCUCUGCCCAUGUCUCUGAGUCUGCUGCUACACUUCCUACACAACGCCACCCUCCCACCUGACCCUACGGAUGGAGCUGAGAGCUGGAAGAAGUGGGAGGAGUUGGUCCAACUACUAUGGAUGUUGUUGCUGAGCUAUGAGGAAGUGAUGAAAGGUCACCUGCGCUCUGCAGUCACCGAGCGAGGGGGCUACGGUCGUGCUCCAAUCCAGACAGUGAAUGAUUCUUUGUCGCGGUUGGCGGUCCAGGAGGCUAUAGAGGCCAUCCUGUCCAGAGCCCAGGCUGACCUGGGCCAAGACCUGCCUCCACACGUCCACGAGUCCCUCACCUACCUGCAGGAUCAUCUGCUGGCCUCCGCCCAUUGACGAUAAGCUCAGCGCUUUGGUUCGAGCGGCUGUUGAAUGAUUUCUAUUUAUUUUUGUAAUGAUUCAUUCAGUUUUCUAAUCUUUCCCCCAAUGAAUUGUUUUAAAUAAAUAUUUAUUAUUUUUUUAACUAAUUGUCUUAUCUAUGUUUGCUAUUGAUGUAGUAGUGGUGGGACCUGUGUAGAUAGUCUGACUGCA